CGGAAGUGAAGAGUUUCGCGGAAGCUACUGUGUUGGCGACAGCGGCUGUGGCGGCGGCGGCCAAGAUUAGAGGCAUUUCAACAUUGCAUUUAUUUGCACAGAUAACUGGAUGGAUCCAGAAUCCCUAUAAUCAAAACCAGUUAGUUCUGAGCAUGUGGUCUUUCCAGUAUCCUGAAAGAUUUGGCAGGAGGAAAUAUAUGGGAUAGGAAGAACUCUGAACUCAAGGUCACUGUCUAUAACUUCAUCACUGGUUUCCUUACAGCAUGUCUCGAUCACGACAACCUCCACUUGUAACAGGAAUUUCUCCAAAUGAAGGUAUCUCAUGGACAAAGGUUACAAUUAGAGGAGAAAACUUGGGAACUGGGCCAACUGACCUGAUAGGUUUGACAAUUUGUGGACACAAUUGCCUCCUUACUGCAGAAUGGAUGUCUGCCAGUAAAAUAGUAUGUCGAGUGGGACAGGCCAAAAAUGACAAGGGUGACAUUAUUGUCACUACAAAAUCGGGAGGUAAAGGAACCUCUACAGUAUCUUUCAAGCUUCUCAAGCCAGAAAAGAUUGGUAUCUUGGAUCAGUCAGCUGUCUGGGUUGAUGAAAUGAAUUAUUAUGAUAUGCGCACUGACAGAAAUAAAGGAAUUCCUCCAUUGUCCUUACGUCCUGCUAAUCCUCUUGGCAUUGAGAUUGAAAAAGGCAGAUUUCCCCAAAAAGACUUGGAAACACUCUUCCAUGGAAUGAGUGCUGAUUUUACUAGUGAAAACUUCUCAGCUGCCUGGUAUCUGAUAGAGAACCAUUCAUCUACCAGCUUUGAGCAGCUCAAAAUGGCAGUCAGCAACCUGAAGAAACAAGCAAAUAAGAAAAAUGAAGGGAGUUUAGCAUAUGUGAAAGGCGGGCUUAGCACUUUUUUUGAGGCACAAGAUGCCCUCUCAGCUAUCCAUCAAAAACUGGAAGCAGAUGGAACUGAAAAAGUAGAAGGAUCUAUGACGCAAAAACUGGAGAAUGUUCUGAACAGGGCAAGUAAUACUGCUGAUACAUUGUUUCAAGAAGUCUUAGGCCGAAAGGACAAAGCAGAUUCUACCAGAAAUGCAUUAAAUGUUCUUCAGCGUUUUAAGUUUCUCUUCAAUCUUCCUCUAAAUAUUGAAAGGAAUAUUCAAAAGGGUGAUUAUGAUGUAGUCAUUAAUGACUAUGAAAAAGCCAAGUCGCUCUUUGGGAAAACGGAGGUGCAAGUUUUCAAGAAAUAUUAUGCUGAAGUAGAAACACGAAUUGAAGACUUAAGAGAACUACUACUGGACAAAUUGCUUGAGACUCCAUCUACUCUACAUGAUCAAAAACGUUAUAUAAGAUAUCUUUCCGACCUCCAUGCUGAUGGAGACCCUUCUUGGCAGUGUAUUGGAGCACAGCAUAAAUGGAUCCUUCAACUCAUGCACAGUUGCAAAGAGAGUUAUGUAAAAGACUUAAAAAGCAAUACAGCACUACAUAGUCCAAUGUUGGAGCUGGAUAAUGAUAUGCGCCCUUCUGCAAUGACUCAUCUUAGUCAAACGGCUUCGCUAAAAAGGGCCAGCAGUUUUCAAUCUGGUCGAGAUGAUACAUGGCGAUAUAAAGCUCCCCAUAGGGUGGCCUUUGUAGAAAAGUUGACCAAACUUGUUUUAAGUCAACUCCCUAAUUUCUGGAAGCUCUGGAUUUCCUAUGUAAAUGGAAGCCUUUUCAGUGAGACUGCUGAGAAAUCAGGACAAAUGGAAAGAUCAAAAAAUGCCAGGCAAAGACAGCAUGACUUCAAGAAAAUGAUUCAGGAAGUGAUGUACUCACUUGUUAAACUGAUCCGUGGAGCAUUACUUCCAUUCAGCCUAAAGGAAGGAGAACUAAGACAAUAUGGUGGAUGGGAGAUGAAGUCUGACCUCUCUGGUCAGUGGCUGACUCAUGUCAUCCAGACUGUAAGGCUUACUUAUGAAUCCUUGACUGCCCUUGAAAUACCCAAUGAUUUGUUACAAAACAUCCAGGAUCUUAUUCUGGAUCUACGAGUACGUUGUAUAAUGAUCACCUUGCAACACAGUGCUGAAGAUAUAAAAAGACUAGCUGAAAAGGAAGAUUGGAUUGUUGAUAAUGAAGGCCUGACAUCUUUACCAUCUCAGUUUGAACAAUGCAUUGUACAUUCCUUGCAGUCACUCAGAGGGGUUCUGGAAUGUAAACCUGGAGAAGCUAGUGUUUUUCAGCAGCCUAAAACACAGGAAGAGGUAUGCCAGCUAAGCAUCAAUAUCAUGCAGGUUUUUAUAUAUUGUCUUGAACAAUUGAGUACCAAGCCUGAUGGAGACAUAGAUACUACACACCUUUCAGUUGAUGUUUCCUCUCCUGAUUUAUUUGGAAGUAUCCAUGAGGAUUUCAGUUUGUCUUCAGAGCAGCGGCUUUUGAUAGUCCUAAGUAAUUGCUGUUACCUAGAACGUCACACUUUCUUAAAUAUAGCUGAACAUUUUGAAAAACACAACUUUCAAGGAAUAGAAAAAAUAACACAGGUUAGCAUGGCUUCAUUGAAAGAGUUAGAUCAAAGGCUAUUUGAAAAUUACAUUGAGUUGAAAGCAGAUCCUAUUGUUGGCUCCUUAGAACCUGGAAUUUAUGCAGGCUAUUUUGAUUGGAAAGACUGCUUGACUCCAACAGGUGUCAGGAAUUAUUUAAAAGAAGCAUUGGUUAAUAUAAUAGCUGUGCAUGCUGAGGUGUUCAACAUUUCUAAAGAAUUAGUGCCUCGUGUAUUGUCUAAAAUAGUGGAAGCCGUGUCUGAAGAAUUAAGUCGAUUGAUGCAGUGUGUUUCAUCUUUCAGCAAAAAUGGAGCUUUGCAGGCAAGGCUUGAAAUCUGUGCUUUGAGAGAUACAGUGGCCGUUUAUCUAACACCUGAAAGCAAAUCUAGUUUUAAACAAGCUUUGGAAGCCUUGCCUCAGCUCUCAAGUGGAGCAGAUAAAAAGUUACUUGAAGAACUCCUGAACAAGUUUAAAAGCAGGAUGCACUUGCAGCUUACCUGUUUCCAAUCUUCUCCCUCCCCUAUGUUGAAAACAUAGAUACACAUCAGAGAAUAGCCAAGUAAAGGGAAAGGGGCAAGAAACCUCCCUUUAAAGAUACUCAGUGUUAAAGUGUUUGGAUGGUUAAGUUUUUUUCUGAUUGACAGCUUAGUAAGAACCUGGCAUGUGGUAGGCUUUCAAACAAAAGGAAUCAUUUGAAAUGCCCAAGUAGUGUUUGCUUAGUCAUCUCUGUUGGUUUGGGUCCCAACAAAAUGUUAAAAAUAUCUUUUCAAAAUAGAUUUUUCCUAGCCAUGUGUUGGAUAAAGAAUAUUGGAUGAAUUAUCUUUUUAGUGAGUGUACUAUUUAAAUGAAAUGAACUGUAGGUUCGCUCUAUAUUUUUCAGUGUCUCCUUUACAAAACUUUGAGCAUCCAGAACUUUGAUAAGAAGAAAAGAAAUUGGGCAAGUUACAUUUAAACACUUUAAAACGUUCAAUCAUCCUAAACUACCCAGCUGCACUUGUAAACUUUAUUUCAUACAGAUGGCUCUACAACAUAAUUCAAGUAUGUUUUAGCAGAGAUUGUGGGCUGCAUAAAAAUUGUCACAUUUUGAAUAUAUUUCAUAUCAUUGUCUGUAGUCCAAAAUACUCAUGAAUAUAAUUAGCAUUUUAUUGUCUGGUUUUUCUUUUUCAUUGUACUAAAGACUAGCUUCUUAUCACUGUCAUUUUCUCUUUCUGACUUUACUCUAAAACUGAAUUAUGUAUGUGUUCGUAGUCCCCGAGGACCUUAAUUAAUAGCUAACUGAAUCUCAGUGACCAAGUAUGUGGCACUUUAAUAUCUAUAGGAACUUCCUUGAACCUUUUCUCUCUUCAAGAUUGCUGAAAAUUGCUUUCUUCCUAAAGAACACAGAAGAGCUCACAUAACCAAGGCCAUAUGCUACUGCCAUUGGUUGGCCUUUAUUCAUGUUCUUUGUUUCUCUUUUUCACAGCACUUAGUUUAUUCUUUGCCGCAUCACUGAUCCCUUGCACUAUCUCAACCUCAGUGGCAAGAUGAGUGCUUGCUUGGUACUCUGGGUUUCUGUGGAUUCAAAGUAAAUCCAUCAGUUUCAGAAUGGUAAAAGUUGUGAAUGAUGAUUUGUACCAAUUGUCCCACAUUCAGUGCUGACUGAAUAGAUUACAGGAAAAAGGUCACAGUGACCCAGAGAAGUGACGAACUAAUUCUGAGUAAGCUCUGACCUUUAGCCUACCUAAUGUUAUAUGAAAACUUACUUCAAAAUAUUUCAGUAACUUCUAUCUGUAUGUAGUAAAUUUAUCAAGAUUUUCAAAAACCUCAACAGAAGCUGCAGGAAUAUUUUUUAAGUGCUGAACAUUAUCCAUGUCUUGAAUAGUACUAAUAGAAUUAAAGCCCAGCUGCCUAUAUAACAUCAUUAAUUAUAUGAAACAGGUAAAUGUCAUUGUAUUUGUUCAUUUAGUAUUUGUGGAGAAACAACUGUAAUAACUGGAACUGAAAGUUUGAUCCUUUAGAAAUGUGGCUUAUAAGGCAUAUUAAGCAAUUAUAGGGAACAUUUUCACUAUUCUUUGUAUGUACCCUACUGUGGCUUUGAAUUAAAUUUCAAAAAUGUAAUCCCAGAUGUUCCUGUUAUUUUAAUUGACAAGCACAGUUCACUGAACCUAUAAAACAACUAUCUUUAAUAUAAAGUUAUGUUUAUUUUUUCUCCUAAAUUUCCUUCUGCAUGUGCAAAGUAAAGCAUAUAACUUUUGAUGAAUUUAAAUCUAUGUUCCUAUAUAUAUUUUACUAAAAGCUCAUCUCAUCAUGGCAUAGAAAUUAAUCUGGGUUUUUAAGGUUAGUGCUGUUGAAACAGGAGUUCUUGUGGGUUAUACUGACCCCCAAAAACAUCUUGAAAUGUAUGAUCUCUUUUUGUCAUUCAAGGACCAAUCUAAGUGAAAUUCCAAGAGGCUUAUCACUAGUACACUAGUCAUCAGUUGAUUAAUUUUUUUGACCAAAGCAACUUGAGAAAUAAUGAGCUAUGGAAUAUGUCUAUAUGUGAUAAAUAUUUAGGUUUUUUUAAGACAUAUGUGGCCAUACAUCAUCAGGUACUUUACUCAUUGAGAUGCCAAUUUGAGUAAUUGAGCAAUCCCUAUUCUCUGUCCUCCUGAAUCUGACAAACCAAACAAACACUGAAAGGACAACCAUCUAAAGGCAAUAGGAUAACAUUUGACUAAGAGCACUACACUUUGAGUCAGAAGGCCUAGGUUAAAUUCUGAUUCUGUUACUAGCUCAUGUGACCAUGAGAUUUUCUCACCCUAUCUUCUUGUUCUUUUUCACUGGAUUUUCACACUCCAUAUGUCUCUUUGUUUAGGUAUUCCUAAGGCUGUGUGCUGUAUUCAUUUUUCUUUUCUCCACUCACUCUCUCCUUAGAUAAUCUUGUCUGUUCCCAUGAGUUCUUUUGUCACAUGCAAAUGACUCCCAGAGCUAAAUAUCCUAAACCCUAGUUAGGCAUCUCUGUCAAUCUGUCUGUCCUUUUAGGUAUGUGUCCCAAACUGAACUUGCUAUCUUCUCUCUUCAACUAAUUGUUCCUCCUUACUCCCUUUAUUCUUGUUGAGAAUACUAUCUUCCCCAGUCAUCCAGGUUCAAAUCUACAGGUAGUCUGACUCUUCCUUCUCCCUUAUCCUCCAUACCUAACCAGUUAUUCCAUCCUGAUGAGUCUGUCUCUACGAUAUCUCUUUCUUCAGUCUCCUCUUUACUCACAUCACUUAGACAGUUAUUCAUUAUGUUGUCCUUUCUAGUUUCAUGUCAUUUGCAAAUCUGAUAAAUUUAUUCUCCAUUAUCUCUUCCAUGCUAUUGAUAGAAGUGCUAACAUUUCUUUGUGACUCUUUACUAGAGAUCUGAGAUCUCCCUUCAGUUUGACAACAAUAUAGUAUUGAUUAUUCUUUGGAUUUGAUAAUUUACUUAUUUCUUAAUCCACUGUGAUCUUCCAGGCCAUGUUUCUCUGUCUUGUUCACAAGAACAUGAGACUGUCAAAUGUUUGCUUGUAUAGAGAUUUUUUUAUUUGUGGGGGUGGGUGGGUGUACACGUGUAUGAGGAUAUGUGCAUGCACAUAUAUGUUUGAUUUCCUAUCCUGCCUGCUUGCAACUUGUGCCACGUAAUCAUAUAGAAUGUAAUAUAGUAAUAAAUAUUAUAGAAUAUAAUAGAAUAAAUUGUUACAUGAGGCAAGUGAGACUGUAGUUACCUAAACCCCUAAAGUCUCUCUAGUUAGAAGUAAAAAUAGACAUUUUCUUAUACUCUUCGAGUUUUAACUCUGAGCUAUACCUCAGCAGAACUUUUGACUGUAUUUAACUCAAUGUUUUUAAUGAUUAUACAUCAAAAAGAACAUGCUAGUAUUUUAAAAUAAAAAAUAAACAAUACCAUGAAGAA